AUGCAAAACCAAAAACCGGUACUGCAUAUUCUGGUGGUGGGGUUUCAUCACAAGAAAGGCUGUCAAGUUGAAUUCUCCUAUCCACCACUCGUGGACGGUACAGAGGGUAAAAGUGAAUGCCCUUCCGGAUGGAAGUAUUUGCCUACGCUUGCCCUACCGGAUGGAUCACACAACUUUAGCAAUGAUUUCGUGUGCUUCAAUCUCCCCAGCCUGACCGAUCCGGAACAAUCGGUGUACGGUAUAUCGUGCUACCGGCAAAUAGCGCUCGAAGAGGUUAAGAUACGUACGGCUGAUCUGACUCGCAGCACGGUGCAGAAAUCGGUUUGCACCCUACUAUCGCUACCCAUCUACGGGUACGUCGAGGUAAAGCUGUCCCUGAUCGCGCAAGCGUUCUUCGAGCAGGGUGACUUCUCAUCCACCGACAUAUUGGUGAAAGCGUACGAGCAGUUAAACGCUUGCCUGACGUCACUCGAACCACAGGAAAUCGCGCCGACACGAUUACACUUUGUCGGUGUACCGUUGCGCGAUCUUUUGCUGAAAUGGCGACAUAAAAUAUUAAUUCUCUUCAAGCUACUCUUACUGCAGAAGCGUGUGGUAUGCUUUGGUUCCCCAGUACAUCCAACGUGUGCGCUCAUCCUAGGCAUUGCCUCACUACAUCCAGAAUUAAUCAGCAAAGGCUUUCAACAGGUGGCCUGCGUGAAAACUUCUCGACCCAUGUCCCCCAUGCCUACCUUUAGCACGCCCAUGGAGGAACAGGUGACUGUGGAAAAUAUGUCAUCAUUCGUACCGAACCCGCUGCCAACGAUUCUGCCCGAGCAGGAUGAACAGCAGGAACCAAUCGUGACCGGCCGUGAAGCGGACGAACUGAUCGAUGGCGAUGUUAGAAGUAUCGCGAGUGCUAAGGAAGCUCAUCUAGACGAAACGGCUUCGUCCAGCCCAUCGUCCGCUUCAUCAAUGGAAGCACCCAUCGCCGGGACGGGUAACACGCGACCAACGGCCGGUCCACCAUUAAUGCGUGACACAAGUGUCGACACAAUAGCAUCUAACUUCUCCAGUCUGUACGCGAUAGAACCAUCCGAGUGGGGUGCACCGUUGCGUAUUUUUCACGAAGGACAGCUGUGCCUGCCUUACAUCUCGCUACCGUACAUGGACCUCCUGACGGACCCAUCCGUCAAGGGGUACAUCAUCGGUGCGUCCAACGUGUUGUUCCAACACAAGCGCCAGCUAGCGGACGUUAUGAUUGAUGUCGAGGCGGCCAUCAUCGAUGUGUUGGAUAUGGACACGAAGCGAGAAAUUCAGCUCAGCACGGAGGAUUUACGCUUCGUUGACUUUGUUGUACGCCAUGUGCAGACGCCGAAAGAGGAUGCGGAAGGUAGUGAAGCAUGGAUACGGGAUCAACUGUACGGGUAUAUGGUGGCACUGCUGAAGACCUCGCUCAACACAGAUGGUAGUAAAGAGAUCGAGCACUUUAAUGCACACUUUAUGAAUGCAUUCAAAGUGACCCGUUGCUAUGGUGAUUGGCUCGAGCGUACCGGAGGCGGUGCAGUACCAGCUUUCGAAGGGCUCGUUGGUGGACAUCCGUUUGCCGGGACGCUCUCUGUGGCCGAUAUGAAGCUACGAAUUGCACAAACGAUGCAAAACAGCGAAAGUGGGCGAAAGCUGAACCAAGCUGUCACCAAUACGAGUCGAGCGGUUGGCGGUGCACUUACGACCGCGAAGGGUGCCUUCUCGAGCUGGUGGACAUCAUUCACGGCACCCCCGCAAGGUGGACAUCUGGCCGAGGCGGCAGAGCAGCAGCAAGACAUCUCACCCACAACGGAACAUGAUGUCAACAGCGAUGAGGAGAUCCUUCCGAACCGCCAGGGGACCAUCGAUCUACCCGCCCGUACCACCUCAGCCGAAUCGAUGCUACCCGAAGCGGCAACACCGGAUGCAAAACACAUCAUCAUGACCGCCGAACUGUCGUCGCAACCCGCCAGCAACAGUGUGGUCGAAAUAGGCCGGGAAGCCGAACUCCUGGACAGGGGGAAACCGAUUGUAGCGGUCACCACCGAUCACACCAACAUUCCCCGGCGCCUUACAUGA